AGUUUCAUCAAACACACACGUGAAAUAUAAGAAAAUUUUCCGAUGAAAAAAAUGUUGACAGGAUCUACAGAUGCCUCCAAUAAUGAGAACAAUCAAAAGAAGACGUUUGGAUAAUACAAAUGAUGUUGAGAUAGAAUGUUCGAGUUUGUUGGAUGAACAAUCAUCGGCAAAACAAUCAUUAUCGCCACUAAACAAUCAUCCUUCACAACAACAACAACAGGAAUCAUUACCUGAUGAUCAAAAUGUUAGUUCAGGCUCAUCACCACCAUCGACGACGACGACGGCGACAACAACCACAAAUGAAACGGAUAAUUUCAAGACACCAUUACCAGUGUCAAAUGAUCAUUUUGGUAUUCGAAGAAAAUCAAAUCGAAUAUUAAGUUUAAAACGUUUGAAUCAAAGUCAACAACAGAAUUCAAAUCUGGUUACAUCAUCAACAUCAGAUCAUAAUGAUCUACAACAACAAGCUCAAAUUUCUGAAUGUGAUCAAAGCAAUAACAUUUCAGCUGUUGAUCCAUCAAAUCAGAAACCAAAUCAAGCAUCGAAUAUAUCAAGUACUGCUUUGAAUAACAAUGUCACAACAAGUAACAGUAGCAGCAGCACCACUAAUGCAACUGGAACGAACUCUCAAAAUUCAAAUUCAGGAAAAUCAUUGCGUAAAAUUCAAGCAUGGACCGAAGAUGAUAUUCGUUGGUUUUUUGAAGCACUAGGAGAACAUGGUAAAGAUUUUCCACAUAUUCAAUCAUAUAUUGCAUCACGUUGUGAAAAGAAAGGUAUUGCAUCGGAAUUGAUAAAAAAUUAUGAACAAGUUCGUCAUUUUUAUUAUCGUAUGUGGCAUAAAAUAUCACAAUUAUUGAAAAUAUCAUCAGAUGUGGAAAAAGGUGUACAAGAAAUUUAUGGUCUUAUUAAUUAUGGUGAAAUAUGGAAAAAAUUUGGCUCAAAAGUUGAUUGCCGAUUGAAUGUUAGCCUUCAGCAAUUAGUUGAUUAUGGUUAUACUGUUGUUAAAAUGAAAGGUAAAAAUGUUCGUAUUCGUACACCGGUUUGUAAUGCAUUGAAAAAGAUACACAAUAUUGAUAAUAAAAUAAAUAAACCAGCUACACAGCCAUCGAUGCCAAAAGAGAUUGGUAUCGAAUUAAUACCGGCUACAAACGCAGAUUGGAUACGUGUACAUUCUAUUGCACAGAAUCCAAGAUUACGAACCCGUCUUGGUAUGCAACAACGAUUAUCAACAUUGAUUUGUUAUCUAGAAAAACGAUGGAAUGCGAAUCGGAUUCGUUCAUCCGUCAGUGAUUCAUCGAUUGAUCAAUCAGAUAGUAAUAAUAAUGACAAAUGUCGGCUUCGUUUACGUGCCCGAAAUUCUAGCCGAUUAUGUGAUGUUACACUCAAAUCGACAGCUAAUUCUAUAUCAUAUCAUUCAUAUCGUUCAACAACACAUGGCAUUGGUCAGAUUGAUCUUUCACUUUCGGCAUAUAUGAAAAAUAUGUUCAACGAUACAAAUAGUGGUUUGAUGAAAAAAUCUAAAAUGAAUAAAAAAUCUGCUGCUGCAAAAAAAUCUACAACAACUACAACAACAGAUUUACCAGUAUCAAAAGAUUCAAAUAAUGAAUGUGAUACUAAAGAUGUUAAAGAUGAUAAUGGUAAAGAUGAUCCACAACAACCAGUUGAUCUAUUUAAAUUAUUGGAUUCAAUGAAUGAAGAAUUAGAAAUAUCACCUAAUCAUAUGAAUGAUACAAAGAAUGAUUUAUCGUAUUCUGACAAAUGGAAAAAUACUUUUGAACAUCAAGAUUCGAUUGAUACGACAAUCACAAAUUCAAAUGUUGAUGAUGAAGAUAUUCGUUUACCUGAACCACCGGCCAAUCAAACAUUAGCACAAUGGCUUGCCGGUGGUGAUAUUGAUGAUGAUGAUAAUAAUGAUGAAGAUGAUGGUGGUGGUGGGGGUGGCAGUAAUGUUAAUAAACCAAUGAUGAAUGAUGAUUUGGAUUGUGAUAAUGAAUCCAUGAAAAAUAUAUCCGAUAAUGAUCAUCAUUCGAUAAAAAUAGUUGAUCCAUCCAAAACAACAACAUCAACGAAUCGAAAACAACGUUCACAAGAAAUGAUGACCGAAACGGUUCAAUUAUUAACAGCCGAACAAGCACGUAUAGGAUGGACAAUGAAUGAAGGAAAAGCAGUUACAAUCGGUGAACUAUAUCUAUUGUUUUGUCAACCAGAAAAAAUUAUUCUUGAAUACACCUGGAUCAUUGACGAUGAUCCAUCAACCGUCUGUGAUAAUGAAUCUAUUCAACCUAAACCAUUGAAUAUUUUACAAAAAUUUUUGAUUGCUGCCAAUAUGACAUUGAUGAGUUAUAAGAAAUCAACAUGUAAUAGCACUGUAUCUACAUCAUCAAAUUCACGUAAACGACAAGCGAAUAAAAACUUGACCACAACGACGACUACCACCACUAAUGCUAAUCAUCAGCAAUCAAGUUCACAAUUAUUAUCGAAUAUAAUACAGGAAACAAUAUUGAAUGAUUGUCCAAAUCAGGAACAAUCAUCAAAUUGUGUCAAUGGUGAUGAUGAUGGAAAAAAUUCAAAACAAUCGAUUGAUGCAAAAUCUGGUCAGCUGAGUAGUAGUAGCAGUAGCAAAUCGAAUCAUCAAAAAUCUUGUUCCAUUACGAAUGAAAAUGUGAAUGAAAAAAUAAAAACGACAAAAAAUAACCGUACGACAGCUGUAUGUGUUGAUGAUCCACAUAAAGUUGAUGAAGUACUUAAAGAAUUAAAAAUUCGUGGUCGUCGUUUUGGAAAACCGGUGAAUAAAUUCAUGUAUAAUCAUCAUCCUAGUAAGAUACUUAAUAUGAAUGGUAAUAAUAGGAUAUCACAACCACCACAUCAACAACAACAAUCAACAUCGAAAUCAUCAACCGUUUUAUUAAAGGUACGUGCAUCGAAUCUACGACAAUCAGCGGAUAGUACAACAACAUCGAUACCUAAGCAGAUUGUAUUGACCGCUACAACUAAUGAUGUAAUAAAAAAUUCAGAAAAAUCAUCAUCAGUAUUGAUACCAAUUCAAUUGGAAACAGCUAAGUCAUCAUCAUCAACAAUCGAUUCGAAUGAUUCAACAACAUAUCUUCAGCUAAUGCCAUCUACACAGAAUUUAUCGAUUCAAACCAAUACAAUAGUAGCAUCAAAAGAAUUGGAUAAAACAAACGAAUGGUUUUCCAAUUCUAAUCAUAAUGAUGAUGUUGGUAGAUCAUUUUUAUUUCCAAAUAAUGGUGAUUAUGAUGGUGGUGGUUACGAUCAACAUUCCAUACAAUCAUCGUCGAUGGUCAAAAUGUUGAAUGAAACUCUUGACGAACCGGUUACUGUUCCAACAUUCGCAUCAGCAUUACCUACCGAUAUUAUUGAAACACAUAUGAAUACGUUUGCCGAAGAUAAUUCAAUCGAUUUGAUGGCCAAAUUUGCCGAUCUAGCCGAACAGAUUACAUCGACUGAUCAUAAUGCACCACAUUUUAAACAUGUAUAAAAUAUUGUUUGUCCUUCAUCGGCCGAACGUGUCUGUAAUGUGGCAAAUGUUUGUUUAUCAUGACCACAG